AUGGAACAACAAUUAUGGAUAUGGAUGUGGUGUAGUAUUGUAUUGCUUCUAACAACUUGCAGUUGUGCUAGCCGCAAAAAAUACGAAGAAACCAAAUGCCACUAUUACAACCAAUCUUCUUGUGACAAUACUAAAUAUGAAAAAGAUUGUAUUAGUGCUAUUCAAAACUGUAAAUCUGGAGAAAAUGAUAAACCAUCAUAUUGUUAUGCUGUUUGGACGAAUGAUACCAUGACGAAUAAACUAGAAAUUAAGCUUAAGGGUUGUUUUUUAAACAAUGUUGAAUGCCAAGGUCAAAAACAAUGCAAAUACAAAAAAGAAGAAAUGAAACCUAAUGGCUUAAUGUUUUGUUGUUGCGAAGGUGAUUUUUGUAAUUCGGAAAUUAUGUGGGAUCCUAUACCUACAACUCCUCGAAUAGAGACUACAUCUGCAAAACCUUUACGUGAUGAAAAUGAAUUAAUACAUACUAUAGUGUUUUCUACCAUACCUAUGGUAGCUGUUGCAAGUAUGUUUCUAUUUGUCUAUUGGGUUUACAAACGAAGAAAAAUACCUCAAUUUUCUCAUGUUCCGUCGUCUGAUAGCUCCCACUUAGGAAAUUGUUCUCCAAUACUUAGCAAUCGUCCAAUACAACUCGUUGAAGUGAAGGCAAGGGGUCGCUAUGGUGCUGUUUGGAAAGCUCUUCACAAGAAAGAUACAGUAGCUGUUAAAAUAUUCCCUCCUCAAGAUAAAAAUUCAUGGUUGGUUGAACAAGACAUUUAUCAAUUACCACACAUGCAACACGAUAAUAUGCUAUCUUUCAUUGGAGCUGAAAAACAUGCUAGUGUUAUUGAAGGUGCCAAAAAUGAAUAUUGGUUGAUCACCGCUUAUCAUGACUAUGGAUCAUUAUGCGACUACUUAAAAAAUAAUAUACUAACUUGGGAUCAGCUUUGUCAUAUUGCCCAGUCUAUGGCUAGGGGUUUGAUGCAUUUGCAUGAAGAGAUUCCAUCAGAACGUGCAGAUCAGUAUAAGCCAGCCAUUGCUCAUAGAGAUUUUAAGAGCAACAAUGUUUUACUAAAACAUGAUUUAACUGCGUGUAUCGCUGAUUUUGGUCUCGCUUUGGUUUUUCAGCCUGGCAAGUCGUGUGGUGAUACACAUGGGCAGGUUGGCACAAGAAGAUACAUGGCACCAGAAGUACUAGAAGGAGCGAUAAAUUUUUCCAGGGAUGCGUUUUUAAGAAUAGACAUGUAUGCAUGUGGAUUGGUACUAUGGGAAUUAGCAACCAGAUGUACAGCUCAACAAGGUGCUAUACCAGAUUAUAGGUUACCUUUUGAAGAAGAAGUUGGACAACAUCCAUCUUUGGAAGACAUGCAAGAAUGUGUAGUACAUAAAAAACUAAGACCUGCUUUUAAAGAUAGCUGGAAAUCACAUCCAGGUUUAAUAGCUCUGUGUGAUACAAUGGAAGAGUGUUGGGAUCAUGAUGCCGAAGCUAGGCUGUCGGCAUCAUGUGUAAUGGAACGCAUUACAUGGCAAUGUCGUCAAUAUAAUGGAACAGCUGUAACAUCGUUAGCACCUUAA